UUGUAAAUAGUUCGGUUUCUAAAAAUUUGAAAGCCGUUUUCUGUGUAAAUAAUUCCAAAUUUUAUAAAAAAGCUUUGUGCAGUUUUUGGAUGAAGAAAGUUUUCGCGAUUUGGUUUGUGCAAUUGGUACUUAUGCAAGCUUUCUUGGAUAACCAAUUCCUGGAUAGACCUUUAAUUCCGGCUGCCAAGAUGCCAUCGUUACUUGAAGGAAUCGAAGCGAAGUACGGAAGAGAGGUGGAAGAUUGUGAAUUGGACAUCCCGAUACUUUACGUUCCGAGGAAGCAGCACAACUUCAUACCACACGUACUCGUCUUCAACGAUUUUGGGAUCGAUUCAGCCGGAUGUGAGGAACACCUCAGGACCAAGUGCCAAAAUGUACAAGAACUCGAUCUCGCACAAAAUUCCUUGUCGCAAUGGACAGAGGUCAUGACGAUCUUAAGGAUCAUGCCCAGAUUGCAGUUUGCCAAUCUGAGUUUUAAUACUCUCAAGCAAGGGCUGUGUGAUGAACAUUUACAAGGGGGUUUUCCUCAGUUGAAAAAUCUCAUAUUAAACGGUACCUACAUUGAAUGGCCCAGCGUGAGAAAACUUAUCACACAACUUCCAAGUUUGGAAGAGCUUCACCUUAGCCUUAACGGCUACAGCUACAUAGAGCUUGAAGAUUUGGAGAAGGAUACAGCAAUUCAUAAAGGAGUUACGAAGCUAUACUUUACAGACAAUACGGUUUCCUCCUGGAGGGAAAUUUCAAAAUUAGGCCAAGCCUUCCCCAAUCUGGAUUCGCUAAUCCUAGCAGACUGCCCUAUCACCACACUUGAUGUCACCUCACCCAGCUCUUCGCCAGAAAGAGCCAAUUCCUAUUCUAGGUCUGAAAGUGAAUGUGAGGGCCACUGUCGAAACGUAGAUUCUCCACACCACUGGUUCAGGAAUUUGAAAUUUCUCAAUCUGAACAACACACUCCUUUCAUCCUGGGAUGACAUCGACAGGCUAGCCUGCUUUCCAUCACUUGAACACUUGAGGAUACAUGGACUUCCUCUUUUUGAGUAUCCUCAAGAAUAUACAAAACAUGAAAGGCGACAGUUGCUUAUAGCAAGGUUACCAAAUAUCAGAACCCUAAAUGGUGGUGGCGUCAUCACAGAUGAUGAUAGAGAAGAUGCAGAAAGGGCUUUCAUCAGGCGGUAUAUGGACAAGCCUGAAAGUGAUCGACCUGAGAGGUAUAAUGAAUUAGUCUGUUUGCACGGAAGGCUGGAUCCUUUAGUCAAUAUAGACCUCUCACCAGAAAGGAAAGUCAAGAUAAAUGUUAUUUGUGGAGCAAAAACCGAAAAUAGGCUAUUGGAUGUUUAUCAGACUGUCAGUGAGCUGAAACAGAGACUCGAGUCUUUUGCAAAUAUCCCUGUUUCCAAGAUGAAGCUGUUUUAUGUUGACCAGGACAUGAAAGCCAUCCACGGACCAGAAGAAAUGAAGUUUCCUAACAAACAAUUGUACAGCUAUAACAUUAACAGUGGUGAUGAAAUUAUAAUUGACUCAAAAAUAUGAGUUGGUCCAUUUCA